GGCUAAGGGUUCAUGAGGAUUAUAAUAUCGCUAUUAUCCUGUUCUCAUUGAUUGUAGGUCAUUAAAUUAAUUCUUUCAACGCAAGUAACUAUGUCCAUGAAUGACGUUGUCUCCCUUAGUGCCAUCAAGGGAAAGCAAUCUAAUGCAAUAGAUGAGCAACAUGGCUGUCUUGCUUGGUUUAACGCACAGUGACUGUAAGAUAGAAGAUGAGGACCAGAUCACAUGGCAUACAAAUAAAAUUGGAGGCUUCCCGAAAUGGAUCAACAACAUGACAGAACCUGUGAAAUGUACCCUUGUGGUCAAUUAAUGUCACUGGCAGUACAAAUCUAUUGCCCUCUGAAUGGAUCUCCAUACCACAGAUGUCUGUAUGUGUUUGCUUGUUUGGGAAAGACAUGUUACAGAGAGAGUCAUGGAUGGAGAGUAUUCCGAUCCCAACUCUUAGAUGAAUCUGUAUCAUACAAUUAUGUCUCAAAUAUAAAGUCAGAUCAGAAGGACAAUAAGGAUGUCUGGGGUGAAGGUCAAGACAGCUGGGGUGAUGGUCAAGACAACUGGGGUGAUGACCAAGAGGACUGGGGGGAAACCCCUCAAGGUAAUUUGAACUGCAAGUUUGAUUUUCAUGAGGGAGCUCAAGAAUACCUUGAAAAUGAAGCAAAACAAUGGGGACAAGAAGAUAAAGAAAGUGUAAAAACGGUUCUUCAGAACACCAUUGUUCCCACCGUGAUGACUGAAGAAUCUGAUGAUGUGAACAAGGACAAGUGUUUAACAUCCCGACAACCAUUAGAAGGCAUUGAAGCUUUAGCACAGUUGAGUGUUAAAGACCCAUCUGAUUGUGGCAAUACCCAGCUAGAUAGCAGUCCCAGCUCUGAGGUCAUAUCUUCAGAGGAGCUGUUGGUUGAUGAGGAAGGAAUUCACAGGAUGAUGGAGCUGAUGGCGGUUCCAGAAAGGGACAAACCAAAAGAAAUGCAGACAAUAUGUGCAAACAAUGUUGUUUGUCUCCCAGCCUACUACAUUAACGUCUUUGAAGAAACAACAGAUGAUUCCGAACUGACAAGCCAUGUAGCAAGCCUAUUGCAUAAUUAUGAGGAGAAAGAAGGGAAGAAAGUCCAGGCUCUUGUGGAAGAGAACAGAAUGGCUCAAAGACAAGGGACAACCAUUAUAGAAACAUAUGAGAAGGCAGAUGUUCCACAUGGUGAUUAUCAGUGCCACAAGUUUAUAAUGCGACUUAAGCUUUGCCCAGAGCAGUGUAUCAGGUACCAGUGGAAUGGAUCACCACUGCUAAUAUCUCAACCAAAAGAUGGAAAACUUGCAGUAGAAAAUUGUUCUUCUUGUGGAGGAACCCUUGUGUUUGAGCUUCAGCUUGUCCCUCCAAUUCUUCAGUUUCUUAGAUUUCCAGGACAAAGUGAGCCUGCAGUGGAGUUUGGGACAGUACUUAUUUUCACAUGCAAGUCAAGCUGCUGGUCUCAAGCUGACAUGUGGAAAGAAGAACAAGUUGUACUUCAGCCUGACCCUGAUCAAUAUCUACUUCGAUAAUUUUUUUUACAUGUAAUGAAUCAGAUGUACAGCUAAAAGUGUCUGAAGAGAAAAUAAAACUUGUAGUUUUGUAUGAACUCAAUAAUUAUUGUAAAAUAAAUGUUAAUUUGCUUUUUUUUAAGAAUCUGUUAUGUUUAUGUGACUUCAUGGUAACUUUCAAAGAUGAAUGUGACAAACUCUUUGUAUCAUAUUGUGGUGUUUAAGCCUGGAUAAAAAAUUUUGUAACAAA